AUGUUGAAAAUUGCUUUAGGCAUUGUAACGAAAGUUGAGACUGAACGACCAGCUACAUGGCACCGACCAUUACCUCUUAUAGUCGACUUCAUGUGUCGAACUGACAUAGUUAUNAGUAAAGGGAGCCUNGUGUAUUGUGUUACNGAGGUUAAGAANUAUCCUCUAUUGCCUGNCUAUAAUGGCAAGCCANUAGACGNANUAAGAAGCCUUUUUUCNGAUCANAAGGAAAUCAUGAAACANCUAAUNUGCGAGAUNCUUUAUUUCAAGACUGACANGGGGAUUCUUACAGACUCGNAUGUCGUUGUGUUUGUGGAAAUAGACCUUGAUUCUUUCGAAAGGAACGUUCACAACCUGAGACCAGUGAAUAUGGGCAACGAAUCAAAAAAAAUAGUUCCAAUCAAGUAUCUGAUUCGAAACUGCCANUCNGCUAAACCCACNUUGCGAGAAUCACUAUUGGCGUACAUCUAUAAAUCAGUAGANGAAGAUNCGAAAAUGGUAAUCAAACAAGAAAGGGUUCGCAGAUUGGAAGAACAUCUAAAGCUACCUGGAGAAGCAUUNACGGANGCUAUCUUGAGUGACGAAAGCCUGAAUNUNUCGGAGGNUUCUGGNAGUCGCCCCAGCACAAGAGGUACGAACAUAUCCGUGUUAGAAUCUAUUAAUGAGGGAACCGAACAAGAGAAAGAAGCAGAAGCAGANGCAGAAGCAGAUGAAAUGUCUAUCGAUGUGCCUAAGAACAGUAACUACGUGUUAAUGCAAAAUUCAGAUGUAUUUAACGCACAAUUAGUUAAACUANAGNCUAUAUGCUUCAAGNNAUUCUUGCUAGAACUGAUCGAUGACAACGCAACUCUAGUUGCAAAGGUGUAUGACCCGCGCAUGGUUAACAUAUAUGAAUUUAAAGGUUAUCCUUUUGANGAAAAGAAAGACGUGUGUUAUGAAUGGUGCCGCACUGAAAGNGUUUGUUAUUCAAUCUUGUCCAAAGACCCUGAGUUCAAUAGUUGCUAUGUUCGUCAAAAGACGGGNCANAUCAUGAUUACCAUGGACAAACUGUAUGUUGCGAAAGGNCACUUCAACCUUUUUCGAUACAUCGAGAAAGNCNCNUUACCGAAGNACCNGGAAACAUAUGAGAANGCNANGAAACAANUNGAGGUGAUUCACCGGAACGGGAUUGUGCACAGGGAUAUCAGAGAAGACAAUAUUCUCUGUACAAAAGAAGGGCAAGUAUACAUCAUUGAUUUUGCACUUUCUAAGCCC